GGGCUUCAGUCUGUGCACAGAUGAGUUGUCUUAUCUAUUCAAACCAGUCUCAGUUCAAGCAAUGUGGUCAGCCAUACAAAGUCUUUAUAAAGCUCUUCGGAUUGCCGAGGACAUGAAUUACAUAGCUGAUGGUCUGACACACACCUGGGUCGGCUAUUACAAGUCUCGUAUUGAUAUCAGAGAUUUGUCUCGUGUCUGCCAGUGGAGUGUGGAAGGAGUUGAGAUUUUUGCUCCAUCAAGUCUUUCAGUCAAAGCAAACGAUUGUGAGAGGGAGAGGGUGAAGCUGACUAUCAGCAACACGCUGAAGGAGGUCAUGCUGGACUUUGACUUGGAUGAAGUAACCUCUCUUAUGUUGAGAAAAGCAGUUGAGCAGAAAAUGGGAAUGUCCCUGGCAGAAUACAAAAGCUACUUUGAUGAAGAAGUGAUGAGAAUUGUGGGACAGAUGGACAAACCAUCAGAAAUCCUAGAGUUCCUUUAUUUAGGAUCUGAGUGGAAUGCAUCUAAUCUGGAUGAACUUGUGGAGAAAGGGAUUGGCUAUAUCCUCAAUGUCACCAAGGAGAUUGACAACUUCUUUGAGGGCAAGUUCCAGUACUACAAUGUCCGGGUGUAUGAUGUUGAUGAAUCCGACUUGCUGAAACAUUGGGACAAAACCUACAAGUUUAUCUCCAAGGCCAGAAGUCACAACUCCAAGGUUUUAGUUCAUUGCAAGAUGGGAGUCAGUCGCUCGGCUUCAACGGUAAUGGCAUUUAUAAUGAAAGACCAGAGGUUGACUGUCAAUGAGGCAUUUCAGUUUGUGAAAGAUCGGCGUGGCUGUGUGCACCCAAACUCGGGUUUCAUGGAACAGUUGCGCACAUAUGAGGGCAUCCUGUCAGCCAGCAAUAAGCGAGACAUAUUUCGCUGCAAAUCAAAGCAGAACCUCACAGAUGAUGGCAGCAGAGAUGAAGCAGAACCGUCACAGGGAGACUUUUUAGGAGACAGUCUCUUCCGAAUGAUGUCACAUCCUGACUGGCAGUCAGCUUCAGGCAAUCUGGAGGCAGCAGAGUCGCGCAGUGCAGAUUCCACAGAGGAAUCCACUUCAGACCUUUUGACUUCAGCCGCAGAGUCUGCUGCCUUGUCAUGCUUAUCUCCUGCCCCAGCCAUGGCAAAGACAGCACCAAUGUCUAUUGUUAGACCAUCUGUAGCAGCCGCAGACAAAGAAAUGUCUCAGGAACGGGGAGCCAGCUCAGAAGCUGAGUCUCUUACAGCCUUGUCAUCUUCAGAAGGCAGCAUUUCCCUUCAGCUGCGCUCGUCGUCAAGUGCCCUGGCAUCAAGGAUCAAACCAGACUGUUCCUGGAUCAAGUUUGACCUAGUGCAGGCAGAACAAUGUGAUACUUGCGGCGAGACUUUGCCGUUUGUGGAUGCCUUGUCUUGUGAUGAUCUCUCUAGCAGCACCCCACCUUCACACCUGUGUGCCUCAUGUAUCGCUAAACUUUCUGAAGCAGCGUCACAAUUGGCAGAGACCCACUUUCUGCCAGGAACCUCUGGGGAAUCAAAGGCAGCUCCUGCUACAACAUCACUGCCUUAUUUGCCAUUCUCCAGCUCGCAUCUGGUCAGUCUUUCACCUGAGAAAACCACACCUGCUGCACACUCAUCAGACGUUCAUUUCUACAUCGGAAACAUUCACAGUCUGCUGGAUAUGAAGCAUACGACCGGUACGGACAUGAAAAAGCCAGGGACAGUAAACAGUAACAUUGACUUAAGCUCCAAGAAACAUUCACACGUGACACUGCCUAGUGACAGUGUAACUUCACUAGAUAAUCACAUCACUGCAGUGAAACUAUCACAACUAGAGGAGAGUGCAUCUCACACUGUUGCUAAUAAGCAUCUAGAAGAAUCAGCAGAGAUAUCCAGGCAAACACUGGACUCCAGUUCCAAGACUGAAGAAACAGAAGCUGCACUCCAGGGCCUUGAACUGGGAGUCAGGCAGUACUUCAUUCCAGAGAAGAUACCCUGGAAACCAGGAAAGGUGAGAAAGAUGCAGGAAGACAUCAACAAGACAGGACAGAUUUCACAAGACCAGGACAUUGAGCAAGAGGAAAAAGGAAAAACCUUCAAAGAUGUUCCUGAAAUGAAAGAGACACAUGAUGACUGCAGUCUGCUAGAGCAUACAUCAGAGCCCCGGCCCGCCACAUCUCUGUGCCAGUCUCUAAGUUGUGUGGAACUGAGCGGCUCGCAGGAGUGUGACCAGGCCCAGUUGUCUGUGUACCAGAGAGAAGAGAUUCCACUGAUACCUGGCACAGUCUCACGCUUACGAACUUGGCUAGAGGUGGAGGAGAGACAAGGGCUGUGUGGGGAAGGUGACCAGGAAGUGGCUCAGACUCCAUGUUUAGUCGAUCGCUCGUUCAGCCUCAAACUACAGAGAGGCCUGCCCCACUGCAGAUACACAGAUAACCGGCGGUUUACAACCGGGCAUAUCAUAUAUCCAGAUAAGUGCCUGCUUGACCUUCAGUCACCUGAUGAUGACCUGGCAAACUCAAGGCCUACAGUGCCGGAGUCAUCUGGUCACAUUGAAGAUACUAGUGAAGACAUUGACAUCUCAUCCAGUAACUUUUCCUUGGCAGGCAUAGUCUCAUCCGGGAACUUUUCCUUGGCAGGCAUAGUCUCCUCUCCAGUUAUUUUCCCCCUUUUGGAGCACAGAUGUGAGACAGACAUUGUCCAGCCUAAAGCAGUCAUCAAGUCAGCCAGCUCUAGCUCAGUCAGGUCUGCUGGAGCAUCAUUCUCACUCAUGCCAUCAUCAUCACCCUCAAGUGUGCUAACUUCUUGUGCAACUGUGGGCAAGGAAAAUGCUGAAAACAGACAUUCAGACUCUCAGCCAUCUUGUACUAGCGGAGCCAGGGACAGUUUUGAUUCAGACAGUUUGGUUCAAGAAAUGGCCUCCUCAUUGCUAGUUAGCUCAAGCCCCUCUCAGUUUGAUGAUUCAGACAUGCAGUCAUGUGCAAACAUGGUGAAAUAUUUUGUCAGGAAAAUUGAAAAGCAGGGAGUAGAUUCCCCUCAGAUAGAAAACCAGGGAGUAGAUUCCCCUCAGAUAGAAAACCAGGGAGUAGAUUCCCCUCAGAUAGAAAUGCAGGUAGUAGCUUCUGCUGAGAAUGAAGCUGAGAAGAUUGUCUCUCCCAUGAAAGAUGAAGCUGAGAAGAUUGUCUCUCCCAUGAAAGAUGAAGCUGAGAAGAUUGUCUCUCCCAUGAAAGAUGAAGCUUUUCAAGUGAAGUUUUUGUCAGAAACAGAGACAGCCAGCUGCAACAGAGCACUUCUUGUCUCUUUGAAUGCUGCUGUCCUUGCCAAAAGCAGGAAGCCGUCAGAGGUUACAGGGUCAACAUCUGCUGAUGUAGCUAAUUUGCUGACACAUGUCCAGUCAGAAGUCAGUGUGCAGUUGAAACAGUCUCAGGAGAACAUUGUAAAAACCAGUGACCCAAGCGGAAGUGGAUCUUCUAGACAGAACUUGUUCUUGAAGUUAGACAGCUCAGCAUGUCUUCCACAACAGGUAUCAAGUCCGAUGCUUGAAGAUGUUGGGAAGAUCUCGUUGUCUUCACCUGUGAAUGAAAGUCAGGAACAGAUCUCAGUCAAGCCUGAGAUGAGGCAGCCAGACUCCUCAACCAGUCCACGCUCACCAGGCCACAGUCUUGUACAGGAAUCUUUAGAGCUGUCUGUGGUGAGGCAUCUUGUAGGCCGCUUCGAAAACAGGAGUCCAGAACCGGACAGGGUUUCAUCAGACACCAGCCAUGACCUGAUCUUGAAACCUAAAGAUUGUAAAAACAUUUCUGUAUCUUCCCAGUCGGCUUCAUCGAGAUCUCAUAGGGAGCAAAAUCUCAUACAUUCUUAUCUGGAGGACACAGCAAGACAAUCCGUAGUUUCAUCGUUUCUCUCAUCCUACAGAUCCGUGGACAGUUGUCCAGCACUUCAACUCUCAUCUUCUGCUGCAAGUACUGAUCUCUUGGCUACUUCACCACCAUCUAGACUUUUGGCAUCACCUCGGCUGCCUCUUCACAAGAAACACAUGUCCCUGGACAGUGCCUCCUGCUCAGCAGACGUGGUCAUGACAAACGCUCUCACUUGUGACAUCCCUGUGGAACUUCAUGAGCUGUCUACAGGCUCCAGCAAUGUCAAGGACAUGUCUGCAGACUUUUCAUCAAAACGGCUGGGCCCAAUUCCCUUCAACCGUAGAAGUUUGGAGAGCACAGAGAGAAAAACUUGGAGAUCCGUUCGACCCACUUCCGUGGAGCUGUUUCCGCACUCUGCGUCUGACCUGGGGCAUGCAUCUGUCUCCUCUGACACGCUUCAGCGGUCAAAGCAGAGAAGCAGCUACAGCAGUUUCCCUGCUGGGGAUGAUGAUGUUUCUCUGCGACAGGUCUCUGACCAGGGACGAAAAAUCCGAAGACUUCAAGGCAAAUCACAUCCCCUGACAAAAUUAUCUGAGCCUAGUUUUGGAAAAGGCCCUUUUUACAGCUCUAUGUGA